AUGCCGUCUGAGACGUCCCAGAAAGGUUACGUUAGUGUAGUGCAAUCGAUUGUGACCUUCAGUAAAGCGCAUAAUGACCCCGAAGAUCAGCCGAAGAAGCCGAAACAGAGAUGUCAGUGGUUUUCUGGAUAUGUUGAGAAUUGUCUGCAAACAUCAGACACCGGACAGCCACUAAUCAGAGGAGAACAACAACAGAAUAAACCUGCCAAGUACAAAGAAAAGUUUGAUCCAAGAGUGACAGCGAGAUACGACAUCAAGGCUUUGAUCGGUCGUGGAAGCUUCAGCCAUGUUAUGCGUGUGGAACACAGGGCGACUCGCCAACCCUUCGCUAUAAAAAUGAUGGAGGUGGAGGCCCCGGAAAGUCAUGGGGUGUGCGCCUCUGAACUGGCGGUGCUGCAGCGGGUCAGCCACGCCAACGUGAUUCAGCUAAUCGAGGUCUUUCAGUUCCCACGGCGGGUCUACAUGGUGCUUGAACUGGCUACAGGCGGCGAACUGAUGGACCGUAUUGUCAGCAGGGGCCACUUUACAGAGUGGGAUGCUAUCCAGGCCCUACGGAUGGUGCUGGCUGCCGUGGGAUACCUCCACACACUGGGCAUCACCCACCGAGACUUGAAACCAGAGAAUCUUCUGUACUAUCACCCUGGAGCUGACUCCAAAUUACUGGUGACCGACUUUGGGCUAUCCAAUUUUGGCCGCCAAGGCUGUGAGGCCGCUGAGGAUCUGAAUGGAGCAGAUCGAUCAUGGUUCCUGAGAACCACUUGUGGGACACCAGAGUACUUGGCCCCUGAAGUGCUGAUGAAGAGGCCGUACUCUUGUGCAGUGGACAUGUGGGCCCUGGGGGUGAUUGCCUACAUUGUGCUGAGUGGAUCCAUGCCCUUUGAGGAUGACAGCCGGACACGUCUCUACAGGUCCAUUCUCAUGGGGAAAUACAGCUUCCAUGGAGAGCCUUGGUCAUCUGUGUCCAGCCAAGCUAAGGACUUUAUUCGGUGUCUCUUGGUAUUGGACCCAUCCACACGUCUGACCGCAGACCAAGCCAUGCAUCACCCAUGGGUGGUCACCAUGGUAGCCAGCUCCUCUAUGAAGAACCUGCAUCAAUGCAUCUCCCAGAACUUCAGGCAGCGACUGUCACGCGCCUCCUCUCGGUGCCCCAGCAGCACCGUGAGCUCUGAUGGUGGCAGCAAUAGAGAAGAAAAACGAAAAACCCAAGAACAUCCGAAGCGGCAACAAAAAACAUCUGGGCUGAUGUAA